AUGGAGACGGGCGGGCGCGGCGCGGCUGUCAGCGGCGGGCGCGCGGCCGCGGGGGGCCGCCGGAGGAAGGCGCGGGCCGCGGCCGGGACCCUCGCGGCAGACAUGGACUUGCAUUGUGAUCGCGCCGCCGAGCCGCCGGCCGCCGAGCCGCCGUCGGGCAAGAUUAACAGAGCCGCCUUCAAACUGUUCAAGAAGAGGAAGCCGGGCGGCGCGAUGCCUAGCAUCUUCGGGGUCAAAAACAAAGGGGACGGGAAGGGCGCGGGGCCCGCGGGGCUGGUGCGCAGCCGGACGCACGACGGGCUGGCCGAGGCUCUGGCGCUGGAGGGCGGCCGCCGCGAGGAGCCGCGCGCGGGCGGCGGGGACGGGGGCGCCGCGGGACCCGGGCGCGCCGAGCGGCCCCGCGCGCCCCCCGAGCCCGAGCCCGAGCCGCGCGCCGGGGAGGGCCGGCCGGCCGAGGACGCCGCGGGGCCCGGGGCCGCGCCGGCCGAGACUGCGCCCCGGCCCGACUCCGAAGGCGGACGCGCGCCCGCCGCCCCCGACCCUUCUUCGGCCGAUCCACCCUCCGACCCAUCGGCCGAUCGUAUUUGUCUGAUGUUCUCUGACGUGACUUCACUGAAAAGCUUUGACUCUCUUACAGGCUGCGGAGAUAUUAUCGCAGACCCCGAGGACGAGGCAGGGCCCAGCUGUGCCAGGCAUGCCCCCGCGCCGGGCCAGCCGGGCCCCGCCCAAAAGCCCCCCGGCGUGGUGGCCUACCAGGGAGGCGGGGAGGAGAUGGCGAGCCCGGCCGAGGCGGACGACUCGUACCUGCAGGAGUUCUGGGACAUGCUCUCCCAGACCGAGGACCAGGGCCCGGGGCCCCAGCAGGGGGCGGCCCCGGCGGCGGCGGCGGCGCCCGAAGCGCAGGUGGCCCCCGAGACCCCCAAGGACGCCAGACGGGCCGAGGGGGCCAAGGACGCGUCCUCGGUCAAGCGCCGGAGGCUGCACCGGCUCCCCACGGAGCUCCAGCCGAAGGAGGAGCCCAAGCACCCGGACGAGGAGCCGCAGGAAGGCGUCCCCAACAGCGACGAGGGCUACUGGGACUCCCCCACCCCCGGGCCGCGGGAGGACGGCUCGGGCGGCGGCGUGAGGAAGGCGGGCCUCCCCCGGGACAGCGACAGCGGUGACGCGCUCUACGACCUCUACGCCGAGCCCGAUGGAAGCCCCGCGGCCCUGCCCGCCGCCGCCGAGGACACGUCCUCCUGCUCGUCCCGGUUAAAGCCCGUGUCUCCGGUCACCGUCACCUGUGCCCUGCGAACGCCGGGGAGCUUGCUGAAGGACUCCAAGAUCCCGAUCAGCAUCAAGCACCUCGCGAACCUUCCACCCAGCCACGCGGUGGUGCACCAGCAACCAACCAGGAGCGAGCUACCCAGAACCAAAAUCCCGGUGUCCAAGGUGCUGGUCCGCCGGGUCAGCAGCCGGGGCUUGGCCGGGACCACCCUCCGGGCCGCGGCGUGCCACGACAGUGCCAAAAAGUUGUGAGGUCUCCGAGGCCGAGGUGGAGGGGCCGCUUGUCGAGGAACACAACUCUCCUCGGAAACCACUGCAGCAAGUUUUGCACCCCUCAAAGAAAGGCCUUUCGGACCGUCCCUGCUCCGAGCCUGGACCAAGGAGGUCUUUGUGUCGCCAGCAGGGGCAGGAUACACCAGGCAGGGGAUGCCACACGCGGGAUUUCCCCUCCAGAUAAGUCCCUGAGAAUUAUUUUCAAGCACUUUUUUUUUCUUUUUUACCUUUUUAAAAAUCUUUUUUUUCUUUCUUUCUUUUUUCUUUAAUGCACUGAACGCUAGGAAGUCACCUUUACUUGCCUUUGCAGAAAACAGAACUUAACCCAAUCUAAGGAAGCGUCACGCCAUGAUGUUUGGCUGUGCCGGUGUCCAGCAGGCCUGCAGGAACCAUGGGGAGAAUCAGAGGAGCCCUCCUCUUCCUGACACUUUCCUUCCUUCUUUUCCUUUUCCUUUACAGGAAAAAAAAAAAAAAAAGGACCCUUUGCUGUAUCACUGUGUGGAAGACAUCUACAAAGCUGAGUCAGAUAAUUUACCUGAUGAGCGGAAGCAUCGCUGAUUGGCAGAAACCCCCGGUACUUUCAGUUGCUAGGUAUGCAAAUAGGUAUUUAUCUACCACUAGGACGAUCAAGGAGAGUUUGGAUUUGGUGGGUUUAUUUAGAUCAUUUGUUUGGAGAGAAAAAAAAAAAAGCUCAGUAGAGCAGGUUUCCCUCCCUUUUUUUUUUUCCACCCAGUGCAGAGAUCAAGAUCAGGAAAAGAUUGCACUAAACGCCAACAGACACAGUGUUUUAGCGUUUAUAAACUGUAACCUUUUCAUGUGUACAUGAUGCAUAUUUUACAGAUUAUCCAGCUGUCAACCUUUUAUAAUCUGUCACUAACCUCGAGUUUAAAAUCUGGUUUCAUAGCUAGACACGAUAACCGUUCCCAAACCAUUGGUGGUCUUUUAUGUACUCUAAGCGGAAGCAAUUCUGUUUUUGUUUUAUGUGGGUUCUCUGGCUUUCAGUGCAGGAAAAAAAACUCUAUUGUGUUGAUGUCCCAAAGGAAUGGUUCUGCCUUGUCUUGGGUUAAGAGUCUGUUUCUCACCCCAGACCCUGGUUUUCAGAGAUUUUACCUUGGUUAUAACAAUUUUGGAUUCAACCGUUUCUCAGUAUGGGGAGUCCAAAACGAGGAACACAUAAAGAAAAACAAUAGAAAAUGUAGUUUCUCCUGUCAUUUGACGUCUGCUUUAUAGACUUAGGACUGAGCCACAUAUGUUCAGAAUAUGACACUGGGAAGCUUAUGUAUCAUAAACAUUGUGUGCCAAGAUUAUUUUUGAAAAGUGGUUGACUUAUAUGUGUGUUUUCUAUUAUUUUAGAUGAAAUAUUUAUUUCAGAAAGCAUUACCAUAUGCCUCGAUAGUUUGAAUGAUAAACUGAAGCCGUUCCUAGAAUGCUCUUAGGGGCUAAUGAUUAUAGAAUAUCCUCUUUGAAAUGUAUUUGAGUGUAUUUAAUCAAAAGACCAGAGCUUCUACUAGGAGGUGAUUCACAGUAUCGGGAAGAUUACACAUAUUCAAGUGAAAAUACACACACGUAAGAGACACGCACACUUCUCUCUAACUGUCAUUUUCCAGAGAGAUUCCCUGAGUAAUGAACUGGUAGUACCCGUUUUUUAAGUUCGUUUUCCGUUUUAUAAAGGAAAGAAAAAGGCAAGUUAAGUAUAUGAAAGCUUAUUUUAAUAAUAUGAAAGGAGUAACAAAAUAAACAGAUGUCAGAGGAAUACAGAUCCGGGCCAGUAGCACAAAGCAGGUUGUUCCCCGUUUUAAAUAUGCAGUGAUUCAAUUAGAAGAGGUGGUAGAGAUUGGCUAAAUCUCUUUAUUAUUCAGAUUACUGGCUUUUAUUGUGUCAUGUCAGAUCCUUAAUGUGAUUUUAAAGUAGUGUUUUAAUAUUUAAUUUCCUUAUGUCUGUAGAUGAGGUCUGAUAGGCAGACAUAGCCUGAAGCACUCUGAAUACACCACCAAGAAUUCAUAAAGCGGCUCACACUCACACGUGCUCAUGCACUCAGCUGUGUGCAACUAACAGACAAAGGCGUUCACCGUACGCUUGGAGAUGUUUUAGAAAUUAGUUCUGUCUUGAGAAAGGGAUUUGAAUAUGAUUCAACGCUGGUAGUACUACUUAGACUCCAGAUACAUUCAUUUCCCCCCGGUGAAUGGGAAGAACAUACAUUUUAUUCCUAGCUGUAAGACAAAGGAUCUUUAUUUUCUUCCCGUGCAUCUUCUUGCAGGGGUUAGGAGGGUCUCCCCUGCAUGAAUCCAUGACAGAGUUGUAUCUGUUCACUUGUUCAAUCGCACAGGGACGGUAGGAGGCCCUGAAGGACUCAUGAGGAUAUUGUAAUAGUAAAGGCAACCUACUUAUCUAUUUUGUAAGCACUGGAACAAAGUAUUUUUGCUUUCACUCACAGUUUUGGGACUUACUUCUGCAUUUACCCCACUGUGCUGUGUCUUGUUUUUAUAAGUAAAGGAAAAUGUCAGCAGCAUUUGCUUUAUUUUCCCCCUGCCUGUCAGUGAACCACUUAUGCAAGAUUUAAACUAUUUUCUUUUUUGUUCUUUUUUCCAUAUAUUUUCCAUGGUUUUUUUUUGUUUGUUUGUUUUGUUUUUUUAACUCUAUCUCUAAGAAUUCCACCCACACCAGUCAAAUGAAGGAUUCAGGCAAUGAAUUAAAUGGCCUCAAUCACUUGAUGGGAAAUCAAGACCAGUUCAGGGAGGUGUGUCUUAACCUUUUCCAACCGCAGACAGGGGGUGGUAGUUGCCUUUUUGUACCAAGGGCUACUUUCUCUCAUUCAUGUUCCUGGAGAUUGUUUCCUAGGAUUUUAAUGGAUUUACAUUCCAAUUGUUAUGGGUUGGCCAAAAGUUUGUUCAGGUUUUUCCGUAAGAUGUUACUUUUUGGCCAACCCAAUAUUAAUGCAUUGUCUAAUUUGGCCAUAUUUACUGAUUUUUUAAGGAAAGGAUUGGAUGUGGUGCUGGUGACACCUUUCCUGUGUAUCUGUGUUUCUGAGAUACUUGGUUGAUUAAGUCCCUUUAGUCAGAGUUGGCCAAAUUCUAUAGGAAAAAGUCACAUCGACUGUUGGCCCUGAAUUUGUCAGUCAGCUCAAUAGCCCUGCGCAGAGACAGCCUGGCUUCAGUGUCUGCGUUACCUGGGCAGUGUUACUUGGGCCACUGUGCUUCAGUGCUAAUGCUUUCAUGCUUCCAUUAGCCCUGUAGCGUUUUGAGUAAUCGCAAGAGGAAAUAGGUUUGUGUUAUUUCACCUAAUAACAACAAUGGAAUGUAGACUGUUAAGGACUUCCUUUAGCUCCAUUUCCCACAAAUCAUCUGCCUAUUUAAAUACAAAGUGUGUGAGAUCUAUGGAAGUGAUGACUUAGGAGUCUAAGGGUUUAUUCAUUAAUCUCAGAAGCAGUGUUCAGGUAUUGGCACUCCCAUGAAUAUUCAUAUAACCCUUUGCCUACACAGUUGUCAAGGUAAAAAGGUGGCGUUAGGGACCAAGACGCCUUUGGCUGGACUUUCCAAGUUUUCGUUAUUUACGUCUUUGUCAGAGGGAUUUUCAGCAACCUUUUACUGUUAACUGUGUAUGAAGAGAUCUUUUAGUGAGCGUAUGCUGUCUUCUCCCUCGGUGUCCAUCACGUUUGCCUGGCGCCCUCAGGUAGCAGUACUGGGACGCUGCUCAGGACGUUUGCCUGUUUUGACAUUCGUACAGUGGAACUCAGUCCCCGUUUAUAGUCGUUCCUGAUUUCUCUCCUGAAUUAGGACUAUCUGGACGCGGCCCCCUGUGCUUGGCUUCUACAUUCGCUCGCACUUAGCUCCCCUAUCACUGUUAAGGAAUUAAUCCAAGAAGUUUAUGCCCUUAAACAUAUGGAAAAAGAACCACAGUUGCCUCUUAUUUUCCACCACUGAGGACGGCCCAUUAGAAGUAUGAAUGAAAUAAGAGGAGAAACCCUGAAUGAAAUAAGAGGAGAAACCCAAAUACCCGGCCCAAGCCCAUUUCCCUCUCCCUGGCCAGGCAGACCGAGGGAUGAACAACACAGUUCUUAUUUAGGAAUUUUCAAUUCUCCACGCACGAACGUUUAUAAAGCAGUUCAGGAGCCAAAGGCUAGCAUGGCAGCUUGGUUUCUCAGGUGGGAAAGCCAGAGGCUGGCAUUCACUUGGUGAAGAGAGGAGGCUGUAACAGUGUCAGGUGCCGUGGCCAUGUGGUCCCUCCUCGGGGCAGGCGCCCAUUCCGCGACCCCGUGCUGCUCUGAAGGUUCUCUGAUGGCCGUGCUGGAUGGCUUCUUACAGCCUUUUCACUGUGAUGACCACGGAGAUGAGACAGUUCUUCCGUUGUAACAAUAGCCACUUACAAGGAAAGAUGUUAUCUCCCUGCAGAUAAUGCUUCUAGGGACUGAUUCAGAAUGGUUGUUUCAUGAUUAUGGAAAGCAGCUCCUUCUCAAGCUGCAAAACAAAAGGUUAAAAUAGCCACUAAGCCUCCAGAACUGCAACUGGGCACAUUGCAUGGCUGAUACUUACUUUAAAUCAGCGCAACACAGAUUCACAGGGCAUAUACUGGGUCUCAUGCUUAAUAAAAACCCGUUCAGUUUGGAGCUCACAAGUAGCUGUACUGUAAUCAGACAUUCUUAAUAUUCAUUAAAAACACCUUUAUUUUAUUUUACCUACUUUUAUUUUGUAUUUUUUGCUGAUAGUCUGUGGGGUGGAGCAGGGUGGGGUGAGAUUGAACCAGGGUGGUGUAGAUUAAGUCACACAAAUUCCUCUAAGAGUAGGAAUAGUAAUUACAACAAGGAUUAACGUGUGUUGAGUACUUACUACGCGUCAGCCCCUUCCAGGAGUUUAACAAAUAUUUACCUAGCCCUCUCACAGCCAUGUGGGUUAGGUAACACUGUCUCCCUCACAGAGCAUAUUUAAUUCAUCCUUUUGGUUUGUUUCUCCCCCAUUCAUUCCAUCCAUGCAUCCAUCCAUCUCUCUCUCUCUCUUCACCUAGGACAGGGAUAGACACUCUUUAGUGACUUACAGUCAUACAGGAGCUAAGAGCUGCUAAAUCUCAUCACCAGCUCACUUUCAGUAGAAAAAAGCCACCCCCUGUCCCGCAGCUGAGGAUUGGUUGUGUGUCUGAGACGCUGGCACUCCCAUCAUCCCGGGGGAAGGCCGCUGCUGGGUUCCAGAGGCAAACAGUCUGCCUUGCUUUGGAGGGAGCCUGCCUUUUGAGGAUUAACUUCAAAAGUGUAGACAGACAUCUCUUCUGUUGUCAUGAUGAUACCUCUGCCCUGAUAGGAUUUCAGUCACGUCAAGCACGUUUCACUUGUUUUUCUACCUUAAGCCCAGCCCAAGCUGGUUCUGGGUGUCCCGGGUUGUUUGUUGAGAUAGUAGCUGGCUCCGUGACGCCUCGCCUUGACACAGUUCUGAACUGCAGAGACAAGCUCCUGGCUCUUUGGAAAGUAGCGCAUCCCAUGUUCUGUCUCCGACCGUUGAAUCCUGGCCUAGAUUUUCUGAUUCAUUCAUUCAUUCAGCUAAUAUUUUUUGCACACCUAUAAGUCAGUCACUGUGAAUUUGAGUAUUUUAUAUUUAAGUGAACUAGCCUAACCUAUGCUGUGUGUUUACUGCGAGCUGGGAUGAUGCCCUGUUUUCUUUGACAGUCUGUCCACGAGAACCAGGCAAGGUGGGGCUUGGCUUUGUUCUACAGAGGAAGAAAAUAACGAAAAGGUAGAAUACCUUGUCCGAAGCCACCCAUUUAGCAAGCAGUGGACGGAAUAUGAACCAGAAAUCUAACUCUCCUGCUUGUGCUUUAAUUAUAAACCUUUUUUUUAGCCAUGUGAUUCAAUUUUUGUAUGAUUUAGUAAGAAACUGAUCAAAAUUCUGAACCGCAAGAACCAAACCAGAUUUUUAUGAUGGUGGAUACCAUUAAAGUGCCAACUAUUUCAGUUAAAAGUGAACUUGGUUUUUUAAAAAAAUUAUUUGAUGCCUUUUGUACCUGCAAGCCUGAAAGGUAGAUCUCAGAGCUAGCAGGGUUUUUUUUUUUUUUUCCACACCUGACCAGUCAAAAAUUUGGGCCAUAGUCACCCAUUAUUACAUGCUAGCAGGUCUGUAUACAGAUUUUAUAAUCUGAUGACUGCUUUGUCAAUAAUAAAAACCUACAAAAGCGUUUUAUUCAUAUACGGGCUACCCACGCUUGAUGAAAUGCUUUUUUAAUGAGAAGCAGUGAAAGAAUUCAGUCACAGAUGAUCAUUGUGUUGAAUUGUAAACUGGGGUUAUUUUUGGAAAUUAUUCAGUAAUUGGGUAGAGUAACUUUCUGCUCUAUGUGAGAAGAUAGAUUUUUAAUAAAAUACAGCCUAGGUCAUUGGUUAUUAGAGGCAUAAUAAACUUUCUCAGAUCCCUAUCUGGAUGACUAAUACACUAAAAAAGAAAAUACUAAAAAUAUCUGGUCAGAUUAUACAAGGGUCUUGAAGUGACACACAGGAAAUACUUGUUAUCAUGUCAUAAGAUGAAAUGGACCCAGGGAGCCUGGAGGAAUUCAUAAACUUCCUCAAAUAACUACCUUACAAACCACAAAUCCCCCACUACACAGUUAUUUCUAAAUAAAGGAGGAGAAACUCUAACAAAAUAAUAUCUAGCAUGUUCAUUGCUUCCAGGAUACAUUUAACUGAACAUGGAAGAUCUGAUCUUUUUACCAAGAAUAUCGGGGAAAAUGGUUUAGAUGUUAUAGACAAAGUAAAUUCCUGUCAUUUUUUAAUGGACUCCAGCUACGGACCAGGCUCAUUGCUAACUUCAGGUUUUGCCCAAGUUAUUUAUCGGAAAUAUCUCAGUGUAAUAUAGGGAAUUGCAGGUUAUUUGAAAACAAAGACAAAGAAAACCCAAAUGAGAAACUCCAUUUCUAGAAUUAGUUUUCCUGAAAGUCAGGCAUGUCUCUGAGGACAAACUUUUGGCUGUAUUAUUUUUGUGCACAGGAGGAAAGUUGUUAGUAGGUUUAUAGAUAUUAUUUUUAUAAUAGAAUGUUAAAGUCCCCCCAAACAUCAAAAAUUGUCUCCUAAAAUUACUCUAUGUUUUUAAGACUUGUUUUCAAAAAGGGUUCUAAAUAGCAAUAGGGUCUUUUCUCUUUUCUCCUCUCCAGUGGUUUAAUGGGAUAGAUGAACCAAUGUUUAUAUUUUUAAACCUGUAAAUAUUUUAUUUUGGGUAUUUUGUAUAUUUGUUGAUAUAAUUCCAUUUCGUGCAUAUGUAUCACCGUGCAUGUUGCUGGUUUUGAUAGUCACUCUUUUAAUGAAUGUAAGAAGCUUGGACUAAUUAGCACUUUUCUUCUUUCAAACAUCUUAAAAUGAAACUACAGCACUGCCAUUUGAAAUGUUGUGUUUAAUUCAGUCAAUAAAUUUUGU